AUGCCGAGGCAUAGUAAAAAUAACACAGCAAACCCAAUUUUUACAUACCAUGAGAGGAAAAAAGUGUCAGAUGUAGGGACAUUAAGGGAACGAUUAGGAAAAGAUUCGAUGAGGAAGUUUGAGCAAUGCUGGUUAUGCUUAAGAAAUGCAGAAUCACCAGUUAGUACACCUUACGGUCAUAUAUUUUGUAAAAUGUGCAUAAUAAAUAAUUUCCUUACUCAAAAAAAAUUAUAUGCAAAAAGAAAAAAAGAAUAUGAUGAUUAUAUUAAAUCUAUGCAAAGGAAAAAAAAAGAAGAGGCUUCAUACAAAAUCGAAAAAGAAAAAAGAAAAUUUAUUGAAGACCUGGAAAACAUUAAAAGUAAUGAGAAUGCUAAGACCGAAGAAAAGAACAGUCUGCUUGACAUAUCGAACAAUUUUUGGAUAGACAGUAAUUCGAAAGUAAAAAAAGACAUUAUUGAGAAAAAAUUAAAGCCUCCUUCAAAAAAACUGACUUGUCCAAUUAGUGGAAGACCUGUAAAUAUGGAUGAAUUAAUAUCCGUUAAUCCGGAGUCGUUAAAUGAGAGUGGCUCAACAAAUGGAAGCAGUUGGGUGUGCUCGUUUUCCAAGAAAAACAUUGACCAUCACAGGGCAGUUCUUAUAAAAAAAACAGGGCAGAUUAUUUUAAAAUCAAUUUUUGAAAAAUUUAUUUACAAAAAAAAAAAUCCCCUGGAUAUUGUCAUUGGGGAAAAUGAUUUCGUAGACUUACAGCCUGGAGGUACAGCCUUCUGCUCACACAGUAACGUAGAAAAGAGUUUACACAGGGAAUCACUCCUAUGA